UAGGGCUCCUUUUAUGGCUUUGCUUUAAUCAUCUGGUUGAAAUUGCUCAAGGUGUGGAAGGCCUUUGCUUGUGUGUCUGUCUGUCGCAGUAAUUUGAUUAAAUUGCUUGUCCCUGGACCAGUAGAGUCAGGGGACCUCUAUGUGUAUGUGGGGCAAAGCCCUGAUUACCAUGCUCAGAAAGGUCUCUUGCUGGACUAUUGCUCUUUCAGCAAGAUCACAGGUGCCCUUUACGGCAAGGAUCAUUACAGGGCUCAUUUGUGGAAUAUACAUCCAUUUUAAUGGCCCCAAAGCCAAAGAAAUAGCUGGGUAUGCCUGAGAGGAGAAUGGGAGACAGCUGAACACAACCAAAUGGUAUUCUAAAUUUUAUAGUCGACAGGAUGGGUAGAGACAAGUUAUAAGGAGGAUCACAAAGGGUGAGGGAGAUCUCAUUCAAACCCAGUCCUGGAUGGCCUGAAAGUAGAAAGAAGGGGAGAAAUAGAAAGCUUAGCCAUUAGCCAGCCAUCAGUCAAGUGCUCUCAGGAGAAGUUGGGACCCCAGUUAGAUGGGAAUGUGGUCUUGAGAGGAGAUGGUAGGUACUAGCUGAAGUUGGUCAGACACCAGCCUUUCCUUCUUCUGGUUCCAGAGUGGUCUUUCCUUGACACUCAUAGCCACAUCUCUUCCUUUCUAGCCUGAUCAAGACUGACGAUGGCCCCACUGGUUGCCGUGGUGUCCAGUCCCCGUGCUCGGCUCUUUGCCUGCCUCCUCAGGCUAGGCACUCAGCAGGCUGGACCUCUCCAGCUGCACACAGGGGCCAGCUGCGCAGCCAAAAACCACUAUGAGGUGCUGGUGCUGGGUGGGGGCAGCGGUGGGAUCACCAUGGCCACCCGCAUGAAGAGGAAAGUGGGUGCAGAGAAUGUGGCUAUUGUUGAACCCAGUGAGAGACAUUUCUAUCAGCCAAUCUGGACACUGGUGGGAGCUGGUGCCAAACAGUUGUCCUCAUCUGGUCGUCCCACAGCAAGUGUGAUUCCAUCUGGUGUAGAGUGGAUCAAAGCCAGUGUGGUUGAGCUGAACCCAGAGAGGAAUUGCAUCCACACUGACAAUGGCAAGCAGAUCUCCUACAAAUAUCUUAUUAUUGCUCUUGGAAUCCAACUGGACUAUGAGAAGAUUAAAGGUCUACCUGAAGGUUUUGAACACCCCAAAAUAGGGUCCAAUUAUUCAGUUAAGACUGUAGAGAAGACAUGGAAAGCUCUGCAGGACUUCGAGGAGGGAAAUGCUGUGUUUACCUUCCCUAAUACCCCGGUGAAGUGUGCGGGAGCCCCCCAGAAGAUCAUGUAUUUAUCAGAAGCAUACUUCCGGAAGACUGGGAAGCGAUCCAAGGCCAAUAUCAUUUUCAACACUUCUCUUGGAGCAAUUUUUGGGGUUAAGAAGUAUGCAGAUGCCCUGCAGGAGAUCAUCCGUGAGAGGAUGAUCACUGUUAACUACAAGCAAAACCUUAUUGAAGUUCGAGCUGACAAACAAGAGGCUGUUUUUGAGAACCUGGACAAACCUGGAGAGACCCAAGUGAUUUCAUAUGAAAUGCUUCAUGUCACGCCACCAAUGAGUCCACCAGACGUCCUAAAGACGAGUCCUGUGGCUGAUGCUGGUGGCUGGGUAGAUGUGGAUAAAGAAACUCUGCAGCACAAGAAAUACCCAAAUGUGUUUGGGAUUGGGGAUUGCACCAAUCUUCCUACGUCAAAGACUGCUGCUGCAGUAGCUGCCCAAUCAGGAAUACUUGAUAGAACAAUUUCUCUGAUUAUGAAAAAUCAAACACCAGUGAAAAAGUAUGAUGGGUACACAUCAUGUCCACUGGUGACUGGCUACAACCGUGUGAUUCUUGCGGAGUUUGACUACACAGCUCAACCACUGGAAACCUUCCCCUUCAAUCAGGCCAAAGAGCGACUUUCGAUGUACCUCAUGAAGGCUGACCUUAUGCCUUUUCUGUAUUGGAAUGUGAUGCUAAGGGGCUACUGGGGAGGACCAGCCUUUUUGCGGAAGUUGUUUCAUCUGGGUAUGAGUUAAGGAUGGUUCAACACUUGCUUUCCUGGAUGGUUUCUAGGCUCAAACCAUAGCUACUUUCCCAAAAUGGCAUGAAGGAAUCUGAACUUAACCCUGUAAGGAAUUUGCUGGAUAUGGCAACGUUUUCAUACCUCUGAACAGACACCAUGUGGGCAGCCUAGGAUGGGCUUGAUUCUUUGGAAAUAAUCAAGUGAAAGAAUAGACUUCUGUUUUCUAAAUAAAAGUUUGUCAUUGAUUGAUUUCUAUGAGAAAAUUCUAUUUUCAAAAGUAGGAAUGAAAAGUUAUAGUACUUAGGAGACAAAGAUGGUGUUGAUGGGAUAGCUGACUUGUUAUCUACCAUGAAUGUUCAAUGUAGAGCUGGUGUAAUUUUACAAAUUCUAUUUGAGUCAUAGAAAAGAAUGAUCCCAAGGACAAUAUUGCUUCAGACACAGUGGCAGCCCUGAACACUGCUGCUUAGAACACCUGUGCAGAUCACAGCAUGGUGGACUGAGAGAGUCCAGCUGCCUUUCUGGUUCCUCCACUCUGUGUCAAGGCCAGUGACUGACACCAUGGGGUACUAGUGCCUACCCAUUCCUUGGGAUAUGGGACUCCUGUACUGGGAAAUUUUGGCUCCGGGAAUCCCCAUUAGCCUGGCUGAAACUCUCUUAUAGCUGAAUCUGAGCUUUUCCUGUCCCAUUCGUGUUUCUUUCCUUUCCUUUUCACCAGGAGUUCAACCUCCAUCAUGAUCUGAUUGGGCACCCUACCUUCUGUUCCUUCUUCUUUAUCCUUCAUUGGCAUUCCCCCUCCUAAAUCUCUUGCAAAUUAGAUUCUUUCAUGGCACUUAUUUCUCAGAGAACAUACUCACCAUAAUGUCAGAUUAGAGGAAUCCAAAUUUUGUGGCAAGCAUUUGUUUAAUUCAGUCCCAAUUUGGGCCAACAAAAUCUUGAAUGAGUUUGCAUUGGAAGUGUUGCAGGAAGUAGUUUAUUUGAAGUUCAGCAGCAGCUUCAAAAUAACUUUCUCCCAAUCAGUUGAUUGUAGACAUUUAGUUUCAGUCAAUCUGGCAUUUUAAGGCUGGGCACAUUUCAUAUUUAUAAAUGAUCCCAAGGGGAAAGGCAUACCAAUGUAUAUAAUGUCUUAGAUUUUAUAACACUUUAGAGUUCAAACUCUUUUCUGUGGUACUAGGAUUGCCAACUCUCUCUAGUCUCCUGGAGUUCUCCUGAUGACUUUAGAUAUUCAGAUAUUUACUCAUUCAUUCAACAAAUAUUUACUGAGUACUUACUGCCUGCUAAGUAUUAUUUUUGGCCCAGGGGAUGUAAUGAUGAAUCCGGCAGAUUAGGGCCCUGCUCACAUUUUUGUGGCUCCUAUGACUGUUUCUUCAGGGAUCUUGUUGAGUGAGGCUUGGCUUGAUUUGGGGAGGAGACUUCCUUUAGUGAUACCCAUUCUGGGAAAGAGUAGGGUGCCACCCUAGCAACAGGUCCCUUACCUGGUUAUAAAGAUGGAAGAUGCUUUCCAGAGUGGCCAUACAUCUUGGUUUGCCUGUGAAAUUCCUGCUUACCACCUGCUGUCCUGGCCAAACUAUUGAUGGAAGUCUUUUUUUAUGCUCUAAGAUGUCUCUCUUUGGAUUAUAGAUUAUAACCAUUCUGAUGGUGACCCUCCCCCAGCACAUUCUCAGAACAGGAAGGUAGUGCUACUAAUGGUGCUUGUACAGGGCAGGCCACUUCCUUUGCUUUCACACCAUUCCUGAACCAAGCAGGGAUGGAAUUAGUUUGCCAUGUUAUCUGAAUCUCUAGCAAAGAAACUUUGUGCCUUUAUGGAAUUCCUUCCUGAGAUUCCAGCAGUCUUGCUCCUGGUGGGCUGUUUACUCUUGCUGGGUUGUGAGUUCACCCAGGUGAUCCUCCUCUGCAGGGUCCAGGAAGGCCAGGGAAUAAUUCUGUUAGGACUCUCUCCUUGGAUGUGGGCAGAAGUACUAGCAAGGCUGGUUUCUUCAUUUUCAGAGAAUGGGGCUCUGAUCCCUGGAAACAGCUGAGACUCUGGAUGGAGUGAUUUUGAAAUCACUUGCAGAGUUAACUCAUGUUUCUUGGUUUAAGAUUUUUUUUUUUGGCUGCACUGGAGUUUGAACUCAGAGCCUCAGGCUUGCUAGGCAGCCAUUGUUACUGCUUCAGUCAUUCCCCCCAGCCCUAACUCACAUCUUUUGGGCCUUUUAUGACAAUGCAGUCUGAACAAAACUUUCAAAUACCAGGGAGUUUCUUCAGAGAUCAUGUUAUUUUGGGCAGAAUUUAUUGCCAAGGCUGGAGAGGGCAGUGACUGCACUGGCUGGUGCCAUGGUCCCCAGUUUCACUUCCCUGAUCUGGAGAAGAUAAAAAUGGUGCUCAAUUCCAGAAAACUGUAGCCUUUGAAACCAUAUCAUCUUAUCCACAAAUGUAUGGUUGGCAAAGGGAGAAGCCUCUCCUUGGGGCUGCUUUUACAAAUAGGAGCAAGCAGCAAGAAGAGGAGGUAAGACCAGGUUUAGGGUAAGGGAGGGGGCGUUGCUCCGAGGGCAGUGACUCUGGAUGAUGGUGCCUCUGGAUGGUGGUGAGAUUGGAGAUUUUGCCCUGUGGUGGGGUCCAGCCUUACAUAGAUGCCUUCAGAGUAUAGAACUGAUACCAGAGGCUACUGGGAUAUAGGGAAGGAAGCUAGACUUAAGCCAGUUGUGGGAAUACAGGA